AGUAACAAGCUUUGCAUGCACGCGCAUACACAUACGCACACAGAGAGACUUACAAAUACACACACACACUUACACACACGCACACGGCUAGAACUGGUUCUCCUCCAUAUUUACGACCCUACUGCGCAUCUUCACUCACGUGGCCUUCACUUGCCUGUACAAGUAUUUUUGUUGCCAAACCUGAGGAUAUUGUGUUGGGUAUAUAUACCUCAUCUCCCGCACAUCUUCAGCAUCCUAACGGCUUCCACACACCACAAAGAUGAAGCUCGUACGUUACAGCUGCAAUCAACACUUGUUAUUUUGCUUCACUUAUCUUUUGUUAUCAAAUAUCUAUUCCAAAAUCUUAUCCUCGUAGCCUGCCUCCUCGCCGUCGCCGCCGCCGUUCCCCGCCCCCAAAAGGAUGCUACGCUCUUGAGUGAGAACAGCGAGAACCAGGGAGACGGCAACUUCGCUUAUUCCUACUCUAUUGACAAUGGAAUCAGUGUGGACGCUGUUGGAUCCCCUGGCGACGCAGGGCAGAGCAACAUCAGAGGCAGCUACACCGUGCCCCUCGCCGACGGUGGUUUCGCUGUCAUCCGAUACAUUGCCAAUGAGAAUGGCUUCCAACCCGAGUCCGAAAUUCUCCGCUAAACAUCCGCCCAGUCUACACAGCAUAUAGACACACAAAUGCCCAUUGUCAACUGUUGAAUCUCGCCCGAUGCUUAUCCUCUCUGUCCAUCGUCUCAUUCUUACCUUUUUGUCCCUUCUACACUGUCCCCUACUGUCUGCAUUUACACUGUCUUACGUUGGAACUAAGUUUCUUUGUCCGGUCUUGCAUGUACUUGUCCUCGGUCCCUUUUUCCCUGGGUUUCUGGCGUCCCCGCUGGCACGGCGAUGAACAGGAUAUCCCUGCUGGUGACACAACCAGAGAUGAUCACGGUCUCCUACGCCUUUACUCUACAUCAUCUAAAGCACACACAUAAACAGCUGUCAUCGGUGGCCGGAGUUAGUGUUGUUUCACCGGUGAUGACUGGAAAAAAAAAGUUUGAUAUUAAAAAUGAAAAAAAA